AUGCAGGAGAGGCCAAGCGCUGUAGAAAAGUUCAUCCGCCAUUUCCGAAAAAAACAGCCAAAUUGUGAUAUAGAAUGUCAGUUCACCACCGAGAAAGUUUGGUUUGAUCUUCAAUAUGAUGAUUAUAAAAAGAUAAAAAAGCCUGGUGACCUUAUAUUUGACAUGCAAUACGCGCCUGUUACAGCCAACGAAGACAUGCUGGAUAAAAUCCAAGGAUCUAUGUGUGGAAUGGCUCUAGGCGAUGCACUAGGAGCCCAUGUCGAGUUUCGCUCUCAUACAUAUUUGCAAGAAAAUCCAGUGAGCGAUCUUAGAGGAGGUGGCACAUGGGGUCUUAAGGAAGGACAGUUUACUGAUGAUACUUCUAUGGCACUUUGUUUGGCAAUAUCAUUGAUUACACGUCAUGAUUUUGUACCAUAUGAUCAAUUAGUUCGAUAUAAAUGGUGGUAUCAAAAAGGAUAUAUGUCAUCGACUGGACACUGUUUUGAUAUCGGCGCAGGCACUCGAGAAUCUCUCCAAGUGUUCUAUAAUCGUCAGCGUAAAUUGGCCGGUAAAUCUAGAACUACUGUAGAUAAACUAGAUUAUCUUUCGGAUGCUCAUUAUCUCCGAAACUUUAAUGUCUAUUGCAGUGAAGAUGGUGCCGCUGGUAAUGGCGCUCUUAUGCGUUUGGCACCAGUUCCGUUAUUUUUUCGUAAGUCUUCUGCACAUGCUAUAGAAUAUUCUGGGAUAAGUGGACAAAUCACUCAUGGAGAUAUAAAAGCGUAUGAUGCCUGUCGUUACUAUGCAGCUUUGAUAUGUGCUGCUCUUAAUGGCUGUACAAAAGAACAAAUACUUGCCAACGACUUUUAUAAAACUCAGCAAAGUUUUCAUGAUAAACAGCUUUGUCAUGAAAUUAGAAAUGUUGCCGAAGGAUCUUACAAGAAACCUGGUGGUUAUACAGACGGAAUACGAGGAAAAGGUUAUAUUGUUGAUUCUCUUGAAGCUGCUUUAUGGGCAUUUUGGUCGGACGACGAUAGCUUUAAAAAAGGUGUCCUUGCUGCAAUUAAUUUGGGCGAUGAUACAGACACAACAGCUGCGAUCUAUGGACAAUUAGCUGGUGCUUAUUACGGCUACAAAGCACUCCCUCAAGAAUGGAUUAAUAGGUUGUAUGCAAGAGAAUUUUUAUUGAACAUAAGUGGAUGGCUCGAACGUGAAGGUGGUAAAUGGGAACCAGCAAGUUCUUCAUCAGCACUCCGUAGUCCUACUAAUUAUGAAUCGCCUGACGAUUAUUUGACAUCUUCCGAUCGUGAACCGACUUCAACUGAAAAGUCGUCAAAAUUAUCCAAAUUCCUGAAUUUUAUUGGUGUUCGAAAGCAACCGAAAGCUUCACCACACUCACGUAUAUUCAACAGUCCUCAACCUGAACGACGACCGAGAGCCCCUAGCAAUGCGUCAGUUUAA